AAAGUUAAAGUUAUAUGACACCAAUCAUCAGACUCCCAUUCAGAUUCAGCACUUGGGAGUGAGACUUUUUAGUAAAGAAACUGAACAGAAAGACAUUAGACUUUUUAAAAGUCUUACCAAAUUUGAUUCUGGAACACCUGGUCUAUUUCUGUAAAAGAUGAUGGAUUCCUGAGCCAAAUGCUCUUUUCAUGAAGGGUUUGAAAACUUUCCAUAGAAAUAAUGCAAUCAACCUAUUAGUUUGAGACUAUAUUUAUUGAUUAGAUUUUUUGAAAAAAAUACUGAUGGGCCUGCUUCUCAGAAAUGACAAAGAUGGGCUUCAUUCUCGGUUUUUGUAAUGUGUGUUCUGUUUGCCGAUGAGAAAUACCAUAAUGCUAAUUUAUUUUCUAUUUUUCUAGUUCCAUUUCCAUGUGGAAAAGUUUCUGUACUGCACACUUCUCAGACAUUCACCUGGGCUGAGACUAUUUUUUCCAAUAUGGACUAUGAAAAUUUUACUGAUGCUGAAACAGAUUUUGAUAACAUCACUCAAAGCAUCCAACCAUCUGAUGACUUCAAGAGGGUUGCUGGUGGAGAAAACGCCAAACCAGGUCAAUUCCCUUGGCAGGUCCUUUUGAAUGGUAAAAUUGAUGCAUUCUGUGGAGGUAGCAUCAUUAAUGAAAAAUGGGUUGUAACUGCAGCGCACUGUAUUGAACCUGGUGUCAAAAUUACAGUUGUUGCAGGUGAACAUAACACGGAGGAGACAGAACAAACAGAGCAAAAGCAAAACAUCAUUCAAGCUAUUCCUCACCCCAGUUACAAUGCAAGUGUUAACAGAUACAACAACGACAUCACCCUUCUGGAACUAGACGAACCAUUAACGUUGAACAGCUAUGUGAUGCCUAUUUGCAUUGCCAACAGGGAAUACACGAACAUCUUUCUCAAAUUUGGAUCUGGAUAUGUGAGUGGCCGGGGGAAAGUCUUCAACAGAGGGAGAUCGGCCUCAGUUCUUCAGUACCUCAAAGUUCCACUUGUUGACAGAGCCACAUGCCUUCGGUCCACAAAGUUCAUCAUCUAUAAUAACAUGUUCUGUGCUGGCUACCAUGAGGGAGGUAAAGAUUCAUGUCAAGGAGAUAGUGGGGGACCCCAUGUUACUGAAGUGGAAGGGACUAACUUCUUAACUGGGAUUAUUAGCUGGGGUGAAGAGUGUGCAAUGAAAGGCAAAUAUGGAAUAUAUACCAAGGUAUCCAGGUAUGUCAACUGGAUUAAGGAAAAAACAAAGCUUACUUAAAAUUUAUUUGCAAGGUUGACUUGUUUUGGGGAGAUUGAAAAUGGACCAGGAUCCUUACUAACUAAUCACCUUUCUAUCUCUUGUUAGAUUUGAAUAGUUACCUUCUAAGACUACUGCUUUUUCUCUGUACAAGGAAUUCUGUCUAGAAUUUGUAUUUCACUAGAGUAAAUAGAUUAGACAAUGCAAUCACUAGAGAAAAAGACUGUGGUGGGAAAUUAUGACCAUUCCUACAGGUCCAACCCUUGACAAAAUUGUGACAUUACGUUCCCCAUCCUGCCCUUGAGUCUUCCUCCUUAACAGCAUUCAGUGUUCCAGAUCAUUCUUGCCUCUCCCAUCAAAACAGCAACAUUUAUUAGGUUUGCAUCCAGGAUUCUUGGUCUAGUCAAUCACAAGACCAGCAUCACAAACAAGGGAAGAAAUGUAGGUAUCCUAGGAGGAACCCCAUUCCCUGCACACAGCAGGUACUGAUCAGUUAAAACUCGUAAGAAACGCCACUUCUUUAUCUUUACCCCUAUUUCUGAAUCCUUUAUCUUUUUCAACUCCCAAUCCCCAAAUCAUUUUUUCUCUUUCUCUCUCCCUGUUUCCCUCCACAGGCAUUAAAAGGAGGGGAGGGGAGAAUCACACUGUUUUACUCCUGUACACAGUUAUACAUGCCCAUUGAACACAGUCUUGCUUUUGGUUUGGUCUCAGACUUGCUUUUCAGAACACAAGGAUGAAGGAAAGGGGCCUCAAGGACUUGGAGGAAAAUUUUCUCUCAGAAAGUUCAGUUUUCAAAACAUGCAUAAUGCAAGCAAUGAACCAUCCGGACAAGUUCCCUGAGAGCUUGUAAUUAAUUGUAUGGUUAAUGGAGCGCUGACUCAAGAUGGUUCCACAAAGGCAAGACAGGCAGGCAGUUGUAACUAAGACAGCUGACAUCUACCCAGGUGUAUUGUCCUCUGUCUGAAAAAAUUAUGCUAAUAGAAAGAGAACAAGUCAGUCUGAAGCCUAGAACAAGUAGAGUCUUCAAGGAAGAAUUCAUCCGUGUGUAUCCAGCAUUGCCCAGGGCCAGAGAGGACAUGCCCAGACCAGAGAACAUGAUCAUAAUGUCUCCUUGACAAAUGUAAUUCUACAGUGGAGGCGGGUGCACCGGGUUCAAUAUUGUGAGCCAUUAUGAUCAGCCAACUAACUUCCCCUUUUCUGGUUUCUGGUUUCAGCCAACUUUUUGAUUAUACAUUGGCCUUCUAAAUUGAAAUUUCUAGAGGGAGAGAAUCUGCUGAUCAAUCAACAUAUGCACUUCAAUCCAUUAGGUGGUAAUAUUUCCCUUUAUGGAUUAAUAAGCUGUUGCUCUGGUUCCAUAUCUCAGUCUUUUGUGAAUUUGGUUGCUGUGAAUCAUCAGUCAUCUUGCAUUUGAUUACACAUAAGACCACUGAUAAAAUCAUGUUUUGGGCCACUUUGACCCCACCAAGUUGCUGCUUUCCCCUGCCUCCACCCCACCUCCAACCAAGCUUCACUCUUGCUGAUUUCUUCUAGUUAAUACCUUUGCUCUUUAGCCUUUAAAAACGUAAGUAAUCAAUAAAUAUACUUUAAAUUUUCUCAAAAA